AAAGUACUUUUUUUUUUAAAUAGAAAAAAAGCUACAUUUUGUUUGGCAUUAAAUGCCAAUAAAAAUAAAUAAGAAUUACAGUUUUUCCCCUUUGAAUAUUCUUUGCACUGCCAACUACCAAGUUAUAAAUUUUCUCGGUGGAAUAUUGAAGAAUAAACAUCAAAAAAAUUUGCUCUCUUAAUUUCCAAUUCUACACUUCAUUCAUGGCAAACACUCGGUUUAUUCUGCCUUUUAUGGUGGUGAUACUGUUGCCUUGUUUCAUGGUUUCAUUCUCUACAAAAAAAACAACCAAUAAUAGCACAGACCAGUUGGCUCUUCUUGCACUAAAAGCCAAUGUCAUUAGUGAUCCUGAAAACCUCCUUACAACAAACUGGUCAACGGCUACCUCUGUUUGCAAUUGGAUUGGUGUCACUUGCGGUGCUCGGUACAAACGAGUUACGGCUCUGAAUCUUUUUGGCAUGAAUCUCUCUGGUACCAUACCACCACACCUGGGAAAUCUGUCGUUCCUUACCAUGCUCCAUAUUGAAAACAACAGUUUUCAUGGCUUAUUGCCCAUGGAAUUGGGUAAUUUGCAUCGGCUGAAAUCUAUAGACUUAUCUAACAAUAAUUUCAACGGAGAAAUUCCAUCCUGGUUUGAUUCCUUUGCUGAACUUCAAGUUCUGUCUUUAAAUGGUAAUAACUUUGUGGGAGUUAUCCCAUCUUGUUUGUGUUCUUUGUCAAAACUAGAGCUCUUGCGCUUGUCUCGCAACAAUCUACAAGGACAGAUUCCUGUGGCAAUCGGAAAUCUUUCAAACUUGAGAUUGUUAUCUUUAGAUCACAAUCAGCUUUCAGGCUCCAUACCUUCUUCAGUCUUCAGCAUAUCUUUAUUGGUAGAGAUUAAUCUCAACGACAACCAGCUAAGUGGUUCAAUACCCUCCACCCAUCUCGAUAUUUCUUCCUUGCAAUAUAUUGAUUUAACAUUUAACAAUCUCACUGGUCAUAUUCCACCAAAUAUGUUUAAUUAUCUACCUAAAUUAAAAGGGCUUUAUUUGAGUUGGAACCAACUUUCUGGUAGAAUUCCAAUGAGUUUAUUCAAGUGCCAAGAGUUAGAAGGUUUAUCCUUAUCUAUUAACAAUUUGGAGGGGAUCAUAUCUGGAGAAAUCGAAUAUCUGACUAUGCUUAAGAGGUUGGCUCUUGGAUUCAACCAUCUCAAAGGUAAAAUUCCAUCACAGAUCGGUAAUCUUCUGAGUUUGAAGGAAGUCACUAUAGCAAAUUGUCACUUAAUAGGAACUAUUCCUUCGAUCAUUGGCAACCUAACAUUUUUGAAAAUUGUGGACUUUUCGGAGAAUAACUUGACAUGUCAAAUACCGUUUCAGUUUGGUAACCUACCAAAAUUGGAAGAAUUGUAUUUGGGAUCUAACAAUAUCUUUGGAACCAUCCCUCCUCGUAUUUUCAAUAGCUCAACUGUGAGAAUCAUUGUACUACAACUAAACCUACUCUCAGGCUAUCUUCCAUCAACCACAGGCAUUUGGCUUCCGAAGCUUGAAAUCCUUGAUAUUGGAGCAAAUGAGUUAAGUGGAUCGAUACCUGCCUCGAUUUCCAAUGCCUCUCGGCUUAGGUUUCUUACCUUGGAAUUCAACUCAUUUUCUGGAUAUAUUCCGAAUGACCUCGGCAAUUUAAGAGAUCUACAAGUUCUCAACCUACAGCAUAAUAAUUUAGCUAGCACACCAUCGUCCUCAGAAUUGAGCUUCCUAUCGUCAUUGGUAAAUUCUAGAGACUUGAGAUUCUUAGCGUUUGAUAGAAAUCCAUUGAUCAGUGGUAAACUUCAGACUUCUAUAGGAAAUCUCUCUGUUGAAAAAUUUAUAGCUUCUGGUUGCAACAUUAAAGGUAGUAUUCCAGGAGAAAUUGGCAAUGUAAGCAACUUGAUUAUGUUUCACCUAGAUAACACUGAACUGUCUGGAUGUAUUCCCACCACAAUAGGAAGAUUAAGAAAUUUGCAAAGUCUUUCUCUUCAAGGAAACAAAUUAGAAGGAUCCCUCCCAACUGAGUUAUGCAAUUUGAAGAGUUUGGGUUUUCUAUAUUUCACCGGUAACAAAUUUGAUGGACCAACACCGGAAUGUUUAGGUGAUCUUGUUUCUCUUAGAUAUCUAUUUUUGGGCUUCAAUAAGUUUGCCAACUCAAUACCUUCAACCUUCGUAAGGUUCUUAGAUAUCUUGCAACUAAACUUGUCUUCCAAUUGUCUACGUGGGGCACUCCCAAUUGACCUUGGAAAAUGGAAGGUUAUCACUAGAAUUGAUUUUUCUAAAAAUCAAUUGUCAGGUGAAAUCUCGAAAAGCAUUGGUGAUCUUAAAGACUUGACCUAUCUCUCAUUAUCUGGUAACAGAUUGCAAGGGUCUAUACCAGAGUCAUUGGGAGGCCUAAUAGGAUUACAAGUCUUGGAUUUGUCAAGGAACAAUUUCUCAGGAAUCAUUCCUAAGUCUUUAGAGAAACUCUUAUAUCUUGAACAUUUUAAUGUCUCUUUCAAUAGACUAGAAGGAGAAAUUCCUGACGAAGGAACCUUUGGAAACUACUCUAUUCAAUCUUUCAUGGGAAAUAAAGCACUAUGUGCUGCACCUCGACUACGACUCCCACUCCCACCAUGCAAUGCAAAUUCUUUUAGAAAGCAUUCAAAGAAAGCUGUUCAGCUUGUAAAAUUCAUUUUAUCUCCGAUUGGCUUAGCAAUAAUACUGCUAGCUCUGAUUCUAUUUUUUUCACGAAGACAAAAAAGGAACAGAAAUCUGUCAACUGAUCAAGAAAAUAUGCAAGCAUUAGCAGAAUGGAAAAGAGUUACAUACCGAGAGCUUCACCAGGCUACAGACGGAUUUUCUGACAGCAAAUUACUUGGUGUAGGGAGUUUUGGAUCAGUAUACCAAGGUACUCUUUCAGAUGGGUUAAGCAUUGCAGUAAAGAUCUUCAAUUUGGAGUUACAAGGAGCAUUUAAGAGCUUUGACAUUGAGUGUGAGGUCUUGCGCAACAUUCGCCAUCGAAAUUUAGUCAAAAUUAUCAGUAGUUGUUCUAACAUUGAUUUUAAAGCCUUGGUUCUUGAGUUCAUGCCUAAUGGAAGCCUAGAGAAGUGGUUGUAUUCACAUAACUAUUUUCUGGAUAUGAUCCGUAGAUUGAACAUAAUGAUCGAUGUGGCAUCUGCAAUAGAAUAUCUUCACCAUGGUUAUACAACACCUGUGAUCCAUUGUGAUUUAAAACCCAGCAAUAUUCUUCUUGAUGAAGAUAUGGUUGCACAUUUAGGUGAUUUUGGCAUUGCAAAGCUGUUAGGUGAAGAAGAUUCCACAAUACAGACCUUGACAAUAGCAACAAUUGGGUAUAUGGCACCAGAAUAUGGAUCAGAAGGAAUUGUUUCAACAAAAGGAGAUGUGUACAGCUUUGGGAUUCUUUUAAUGGAGACCUUCACAAGAAAGAAACCAACGGAUGAAAUUUUUACCGGAGAACUGAGCAUGAAAUAUUGGGUAAAAGAGUUAUUACCAUCAUCAUUAAUGGAGGUCGUAGACACCAAUUUGUUAAAUAGUGGGGAACGAGGAUACUCAGCGACAAGGGAUUGUGCCUUAUCUAUUUUCCAAUUAGCAUUGGAAUGCUCAGAAGAAGUACCGGAGGAGAGAAUUGACAUGAAAGAAGUUGUUGCUAAGCUGAAGAAGAUCAAAAUCAAGCUUUUGUCUGAGUCGAAUAGGUGGGCCUAAUAAAGAGAACCUUCAUAUAGCUGGCGUUUCUGUUGGACUCCUUUAAGCUUAUGGGUUUGUCUUUCUUGAUUUCCUUUGAGCAUUGAAUAUACGUAGUUUCAGUUCAAUUCUUUCAUAUAUGAGUGCUUGCCUAAAUAAAUUAACUGUAGUUGUGGGCUUUUGUUCUAAUGUGUGUUCAUGAACAUUAAAUGAAUUGUUCAAUUCCUAUAAAUUUCUGCGUCGUAUUUCGUGUUAUUUUGUUAUGGUUGAUUUAAAGUUUCUGUGAAAUGUUUAAAAAACAAUCUUUUUUCCCUUGUAGAAAUUGGUUAGUAUUGGAAAUCAUUGUUGUAGAAAUGAGCAUGAAAUAUUGGGCAAAAGAGUUAUUGCCAUCAUCAUUGAUGGAAGUUAUAGAUACCAAUUUAUUAAAUAAUAGAGAAAAAAGAUACUCAGCAAUAAGGGAUUGUGCCUUAUCUAUUUUUCCAUUAGCAUUGGAAUGUUCGGAAGAAGUUUAAAAAAAAAAGGGAUUGAUAUGAAAAAAGUUGAUGCUACGAUGAGGAAGAUCAAAAUCAAGUUGAUGCUAGCAUUGGAAUGUUCAAAAUCA